CGAGGAGCGUAAGUUCUUGUGAAUGACACGGGAGGAACCGAAGAGGGGUUUUCGUCGUUUCUUGAUGCUACUGGAGGUAAUGAUGGCGCGCGGUGCGGGUCGGCAGACGGCGCCCGCAUCUUUCCACUCUUCCACAGAGAUCACCAUAACUGGGAGGAGCGGCUUGCAGAAUCUAAUAACCCCUGGUGAGCGAGAAAGCAAUGGUUGAGAGAGAGGAGAUUGCUGGCAGGGAAGCACAUCCCUCUGGUGCUGUGUUGAUAAGUUUAAGGUGGAGGGUGAAUAAGGGGUGAGGCCUGUUAUCACUCGCUGCUUCUGGCUGUGGAUCCUGCAACACUGCUUGCUGGAGCCUGAAAAUUCAUUUUGACGGAUGCUUCCCCUCUUUGGCCGUUAAGAGCACGUCUGGGUGGGGAGGAGUUGGCUCGGAGGGCUUCCCAGGCAGCAGUGUCGGCGCUGAAUACCAUGUUGUGCACACCUGCAAUUUAAACUCUCACGCAGGGCAGCAAAGAUCACAGAGGCAUCAGUUUGAGGAAGCAGACGUCCUUCAGAAGGGAACUGCCCCGAAGCAUGAUCGUCUGUCAUUGGGGAGGGUCAGAGAAACGCAUUCCCACUACUCCCAUAGCCAGUUUGUCAUCCCCCUCAUAGGUCCACCUAGGGUCCUGCACACACCCAUCUGCCAGCUCAGAUAACCCUCAGGCUGUUGGCGACACAUGUUUGAUGUGAUUGGUUGUGACCGCCGUGCUUUGCUAAGCAGCCCCGCUCUACAUCAUGCAGUGGCGUCGGCGACACUUCUGCCCCAUCAAGAUGACCUGGAAUGUCAAGCGGUCGCUCUUCCGCACACAUGUAGCAGGCCUCCUCUCGCUGGCCUCACUCUUUGCCCUCUUUCUCAUCUACUUACACCAGGACCUGCUGCAAGGCCGGAGCUGGUUGCGAGACAACCCCCUGGUUUACACCUUUCGGGGUCUGCGUCCCCACAAGGAACGCGCGAAGGGAAACCAAAGCUCGUUGCGAAGCCUCUGGAAAGACAAUACGUACGUGCUGCCUAAACCAUCCACUACCUUCAAUUUUAGUUCUCACCAGGUAGAGAUCACUGCACGGGGAAUAGAGGCGUUGGAGACCUCGGCGAGCACCAACAACACGGACAUCAACGGCAACACCAAGAGCUUGCACAGGGAAAUGGGAGUGGGAGGUCGGCUGGCAGCCCAGCCUUAUCACUGGGUGCUUAAUGAACCGUACAAAUGCAAUGACAGCGGGCCCUUCCUGGUUUUGCUAAUUGCAGCAGAACCGAGACAGUUGGAGGCCAGAAAUGCCAUCAGGCAGACCUGGGGGAACGAAAGCGUGGCUAUGGGUUAUGGGUUUGUACGCCUCUUUCUGCUUGGCGUGGGAAAGAGACCCGAUGUGUAUUCUCAGAGCGCCAUCGAGGAGGAGAGCACGCAGUACCGUGACAUCAUCCAGCAGGACUUCAUGGACACCUAUUACAACCUCACCAUCAAGACGCUCAUGGGCAUGAGCUGGGUGGCUCAGUAUUGUCCGCACGCCCGUUACAUCAUGAAGACGGACAGCGACAUGUUCGUCAACACCGAAUAUCUCAUUCAAAAGCUGCUAAAGCCAAACACGGCGCCUCGGCAAAAUUACUUCACAGGCUACCUAAUGAGAGGCUACGCUCCCAACCGCAACAAAGACAGCAAAUGGUACAUGCCCCCAGAGUUGUAUUCUAGCGAGAGGUAUCCUAUAUUUUGUUCGGGAACGGGUUACGUGUUCUCGGGCGACAUGGCAGGGAAAAUCUACAAUGCUUCGUUGAGCAUCCGCCGUCUUCACCUCGAAGACGUGUACGUGGGGAUCUGCUUGGCGAAACUGCGGAUCGACCCGGUGCCGCCACCAAAUGAGUUUCUCUUCAACCAUUGGAGAGUGUCCUACUCCAGCUGCAAAUACAGUCACCUGAUCACCUCCCACCAAUUCCAGCCACAUGAACUCAUGAAGUACUGGAAUCACUUGCAAAGCAACAAGCACAAUCCUUGCCUUAACAUGGCCAAGGAAAAGAGUGGGCGGCCGCGGCAUAGGAAGUUGCAGUGGGUGGGGCUUCGGUGAUUGGCCAGGGCUCAGGGGUGCAGUAGCGAUACCACAGCAUGUGUAUGGGAUAGGGAACAGCACAGUGUUUUUUGGUAUUGUCAAUUAAAACUAUUUUUUUAUUUUAAAAGAAAUGUUAUGUAUUGUAAACCUGUUGCAAUCUUUUUAAGAUGGAAGCUUUGUGCAAUAUAGCAUGCACAACAGAAAGGAAACGAUGGUGACGUCACCAUUUUCAGGUGCCAAUUAAAUGAGAGGUUGUCAAAUUUCCUCCUCAAGCGAAGGGCCAAUUUUAAUGAGAUCCUCACUGUUUCUGUAUAAAAAUGGGGAAUAUCAUAUGGUGGUGUAUCUGUACUGUGACACUUUCAUUGAUUCUCAGAUAUGUUCACCCUUGGCAUUAUGAGUAGGAAGAUUUUUGUUUUUAUAACGACUUAAGACUUACAAAUGGUUAAUAGUCAACAAACCAAAAUAAAACACAUGUAACUGAAAUAAUAUAUAUGAAACUUGCAGCAUAGAUGUAAGAUAUGAUUAAAAGAAUAUUUUUCAAAGCUUUACAUUGACUAAAUACUGUAUACAGGUCUGCCCCUGUUGAAGGUGCAGGUAAAACUAUUUAUUAAAUGUAUUUCUUACGCA